AAAUUUGCAAUGUCUUAUAUGGCACAGAUCAUAACCAUCCAUUAGCAAUUCACACGAGUCUCAGUGCAAUGCACCACUCCCCUUACCUUCCUCCAUAAAUACCACCACCAGUCUUCUCUCUAAACGCCCCAAUUCCAGAUUCAAGCACAAAUUAAGCUCCCAACUUUCAUUCCCUUAAAGACUCCAAGAUGAUGUUCAAGGCUCUAAUUGCUCAACUUCUCGUUUCUUUUCUCAUUCUCCAACUUGUUAGUUCUGCUUUUCAGGUGACCACACCUCCUGUUGGAUCCCCUAUUUCCCCAAAAAUAGAUUGUGAUGGAGCUUGUAACGUAAGGUGUGGUUUAUCGUCAAGGCCAAAUAUAUGCAAGAGGGCAUGUGGGACGUGCUGUGCCAGAUGCGGUUGUGUUCCACCUGGCACUUCCGGUCACUAUGAAGUUUGUCCUUGCUACGGCAAUAUAACCACUCACGGGGGAAGACGCAAAUGCCCUUAAACUGGAGCUUAAAAUCACCGUAUUUAUCGUCAUCUUUAUUUCAAUUUUUUUUUUCAGUGAUUAUUUGAUUUGAAUUUAGAUUUCAUGAAAAUGGGUAUCAACUCUGUCGUAGUGUCUUUUGUCCUGGAAUCAUAAUUUGUGAUUUUUUCAAUUUUAUUUUUGAAUAAAUCAGUGUUUUUGUUGUUUAUUUGAAAAAUGAAUCAGUCUGCGGUCCAAUACAUGUAAGGCCCAUUGAUCCAAACAGUUGAAUGUUAUUUGAUCCAA